CAUGCUGCUUUCAAGUUGGUGCGGUUGUGCUUGUGACUGUACCACCCAAGGCCAAUUCUGAUACAACUGAUUCCGAUUUUGGUUUCUUAUUGAAAAAAUCAGUCAAACUCUGUUGUCUUUUCAUCCUUUUAAAGGCUACUGCAAAAAAUUUUUAAGAAAUGUUUUAUUUUAGUAUAUUAUAACAAUAAUAUUUAUUUACGGACAUUAAUACCCUUUAUCGAAGAUUACAAGAUAUUGUACAAAAGCUUAUUGAAAUAUGCAUCAAUAACCAAGCAAGGACAUCUAAUAAAGAAGGCAAAGUUUUAUAACAUUACUACAAUCACCAGAGGAAAUUAGGCCCACCCUAUCCUAAAGUGCUUGGCGUGAUCUCACUAGGCGGCUUUCACUUCACAUCAAGAGGAAUUUGCAGGCUUUCAGGGUCUCCAUCAGGAAAGGAGCGGGCAUCCCUGCGUACAGCUCUGCCGCCUCCCUCUCUAUGAUGCGAACCGCCACUUCCGCCGACGCCGAGACUUGUGACGUAUUGCGCCCGUCGCGUAGAGCAUUGUGGGAGCGAAAGAAUUGUCGCGUAGGAAGUCAGGACGGAGAAGAGGAAGGAGGAGGAGGAGGAGGAAGAAGUCGAUUCUGAAGGGAGACUCCAUUUUGGCUGGGUAGCCACUGAGAAUAUUUUUUUUUCUUGCUGGAUCGUUGUUGGAUCUUUUCUGUCACUUGUUUCCUCGUUCCUCGUCACCAAGUGAGGUUGUCUCUCUCUGUGUGGCAAGCGCUGUGCUUAUAUCCGGAGCGGCUGUGGAAAAAGGAUGGCGGCCGAGAGCCGGGAAGAAAAAGAUGGUGAAUUAAAUGUUCUUGAUGAUAUCUUGACUGAUGCACCAGAUCAUGACGAUGAAUUGUAUAACCCUGAUAGUGAACAAGAUAAAAAUGACAAAAAAGGAUCCAAAAGGAAAAGUGAACGGAUGGAAGUAGCUGAAAUUAAAAAACAAAAACCAUCUGUACAUUCCUCAAGGCAGAUCUUACCCAAGCCUCCAAGCUCUUCUGUUAGCAAUAACAAAAGAAUUGUGAGCACAAAAGGAAAGCCAGUAUUAGAAUACAAGAGUGAGGACUAUCGAAGGUCUGACAGAAGUAAGCAUCCAGAAAGUGAUAGAAAAUUACGAAUGACAAGCAGCACCUCCAGAGAUCCAUAUAAGGGACAGCCUGAAAAGGCAUGUAUGAGGAAAAGGGAAAUUGACAGAAGAGCUAAGUCCUCUACUCCAGAUGCUUCUGCAAGACUAAGGCAUGAUGUGGAGAGACGACCAAGCAGGUCAAGCCAUUCUUCAAAAGAAGAAGUAAAUUCUGAAGAAUAUGGUUCAGACCGUGAAACAGGUAGUAGUGGUUCCUCUGAUGCAGGAAACACUGAAAAUGAAGAGGAGGAGGAGGAGGAAGGAAUGGAGGAGGAAGAGGAAGAAGAAGAGGAAGAAGAGGAAGAAGAUGAUGGAGAGGAAGAGGAGGAAGUAGAAGAAGAUGGAGAUGAGGAGGAGGAAGAGUAUGAUCAAGAUGAAAGAGAUCAGAAGGAGGGAAAUGAUUAUGAUACGCGAAGUGAAGCUAGUGACUCUGAUUCUGAAUCUGCAUCCUUUACUGAUGGGUCAGUCAGAACUGGUUCAGGCUCUGAGAUAUCAGAUGAGAAAAAGAAGGCCAGGAAAAGAGCUAGAGGCAUCUCUCCAAUUGUUUUUGAUAGAAGUGGAAGCUCUGCAUCAGAGUCAUAUGCAGGUUCAGAAAAGAAGCAUGAGAAAUUAUCAUCUUCCGUUCGUGCUGUCCAAAAAGACCAAACUAGCAAACUUAAAUAUAUUCUCCAAGAGGCACGAUUUUUUCUUAUAAAAAGUAACAACCAUGAAAAUGUCUCUCUUGCCAAAGCUAAGGGUGUUUGGUCAACCCUUCCAGUCAAUGAGAAAAAGCUCAAUGCUGCCUUCAGAUCAGCAAGAAGUGUGAUCUUGAUAUUUUCUGUAAGAGAGAGUGGAAAAUUCCAAGGAUUUGCAAGGCUUGCUUCUGAAUCUCACCAUGGAGGAUCUCCCAUACAUUGGGUGCUACCUGCAGGAAUGAAUGCAAAAAUGCUGGGAGGAGUAUUUAAGAUAGAUUGGAUAUGCAGGCGUGAAUUGCCAUUCACAAAAUCUGCUCACCUGACGAAUCCUUGGAAUGAACAUAAGCCAGUAAAGAUUGGACGUGAUGGACAGGAAAUUGAGCUUGAAUGUGGAACCCAACUUUGUCUCCUAUUCCCUCCUGAUGAAAGUAUUGAUCUGUAUCAAGUCAUUCAUAAAAUGCGUCAUAAGAGAAGAAUGCACUCUCAGCCCCGGUCAAGAGGACGUCCAUCCCGUCGAGAGCCACUCCGAGAUGUGGGAAGGCGUCGACCAGAGGAUUAUGAUAUUCAUAACAGCAGAAAGAAACCAAGGAUUGAUUAUCCCACUGAGUUUCACCAAAGACCAGGAUAUUUAAAAGACCCCAGAUACCAAGAUAUAGACAGGCGAUUUUCAGGAGUUCGGAGAGAUGUCUUCUUAAAUGGGUCUUACAAUGAUUAUGUGAGAGAAUUUCAUAACAUGGGACCACCACCACCUUGGCAAGGAAUGCCUCCUUAUCCAGGGAUAGAACAGCCUCCCCAUCACCCAUACUACCAGCACCAUGCUCCACCUCCACAGGCUCACCCUCCUUACUCAGGACACCAUCCCAUGCCACAUGAUGCACGGUACAGGGAUAAGCGAGUGCAUGACUAUGACAUGAGGGUGGAUGACUUUCUACGUCGGACGCAAGCAGUUGUCAGUGGUCGAAGAAGCAGGCCGAGAGAGAGAGAGCGGGAUCGUGAACGAGAUCGGCCCCGAGAUAACCGAAGAGACAGAGAUCGGGAACGAGGGAGGGAAAGGGAGAGAGAAAGAAUAUGUGAUCGGGACAGAGACAGAGGAGAAAGAGGAAGAUACAGAAGAUAAUGUAUUGUGAAACUACAAUUACUUAAGGAAGCAAAGGCAUGUAUAUUUGCGUGUUUACAGGUAGUAAACUUUUAUUUUCCUAAGUCACCAUACUUGAUUGUGUAGAUGAAUUUAUAAUUGCCCCUAUUCCAAGCAUGCCGUAAGCUGUGAAUUGAAAAACUUCUUUCGGCCAAAAACGUGUGAAGCUUGAUUCUUCAGUUGAGAUUUUCAUUUAAGCAGUUUAGAAGACAAAUAUUUAAAGAAUGUAGAUGAAUUUUCCCAACAUGUUUAUCUUAACAGUAAUUUAAUUAUAUGUUCCUUUGAAUACAAGUUAUUAGCUGCCAUAAUUUUUGCUCUGUUUUUUUGAUAUGUAGCUUUUAAUAUUUCUUGAGUGGGGUAGGGUGGAAUGCUGCUAUCAAGUAUGCAAAAAUACUGGGUGUGAUGGCUGUAUGGCAGUAUUGAAGUGGUCGCCUUUUGUUUUUCUGUUUCUGUUUUAAUUUCUGUAAAGGCAAAGCUUGUUCAAUAAUGAAAGCAAUAGUAAUAUGAUAUUGAACCUGUGCUCUGAUUGUAUUUUGUUUAAUGCUCAUCUAAUCACCUCACUUGCACUCUUUUUUCUCCAAAUUAACCAUACUGUUUAGAAUGUCCACUGUAUGUAUGUGUGCAUACAUGCGUGAGCACAAAUACUGUUGUAUUCUACAUUGCUAUCAUUUCUUUUUUUAUAAUAAAUUACUAAUAGUCAAAUUCCAAGGACUUUGAUGCUUUCUGGCUUUAAAUCUUAAGGAAAGAUUAGUUAUUAAUUUGUCAAUGUCAUUUCAGGCUUUCAGGCCUCAGCAUGAGAGAGAAAAAGAGGCACCAUCAGAGUUGUCCUAGGUAGUGAUGAUAACCCAAAUAAAUUUCCAUUCCUAUCCAAUAUAUUUAAAUUUGUGGGCAUAUAAAUUAACAACUCCAUAAAAAUAUAAAGUGUGGGAAUCUCAGACUCAGGAAAGUGCAUGGUUUUGUUAUAGAAAUAUGAAACUUGGAAAAUGGUGGCCAGUGAAUAUUUCCAUGUUAGUUUAUUUAACCAAGCCCCAUGCUAUUUAUUGCAAUUUACUGCCAGUAAGAAUGCUUGUUCAUGCCUGAGACGAAGCAAAUUGUCUAUUUGAUAUUAUAGUAAGAAUAGUCUGAUAUUACAGUAAAUUAUAGUAGUUCUCUAAUGAAAAAGCUAGAGGUAUAAAGUUUCUGGACAUCUUGAUUCCACAAAUAACAUCUCUCCUUUUUUCCUUUUCUAAAAUAAAACAAAAAAUAGCAAUACCUGGUAUUCUUUACCAAUCUUGUUAUUUUGUCACCAUAGGAAUAUAAUGCAGUUUAUGUAUAAUUGCUCAUAAAAUCAUUUUAAUAUAACAUUAAUAUUGAUUAACCAAUCAAGUGUGGUUGGGUAUUUGGGUAUUUUUGAAACAAACUAUGAGAUUAGAAAAUGCAUUGAUGUGGUCAAUGAAGGUUUAAUAUUCUGACUUUAAACCCCUUGUAUUUCUAUUAAAA